AAAUAACAUGAUGCCCGGAAUUAUAUAGACGGCAGCUCAUGUUCUACACGGACUGUUUUAGUGUAGCAAAGGCGCCAACUUCAUAUGUCCAGAACAAACUUUCCUUUGAGACCGUUUGCAACUCGACAAUGCCUGUGAGAAGAGUGCUGCACAUGGAAAAGGCCCAACAUAAUCCAGCUUCCAGACUACCAGUACCUGCAAGAAACCAGAAAGCUCCGACUGCGCCUGCAAGUUCUCAAGCAGGCAGGACAAAAGUCACUGCAGAUGAAGAGGAGGUCCCGCAGACAGAGUUGGAAAAACUGGACUCCAUGCGAUCUAAACUGGAACAGUCGGUGGAUGCAUUCGUCAGGGCCAGGAAAGAGCUGGAGGAAAUAUUGCCAGCAGAGGGCAGCAGUGAACAAGGACGGUUCCUCACUGGAUCUUCUGCUGAUCUGAGGACUGAGCUGAAGAGACACAAAGAGCUGACAUCCACAGAAGCUUCAUCUACAAAAGGAAAUAAAGACCCCAACAAUCACAGUGGAGGUCCUGCGAAGAUGGGCGACUCCUACAAGUUUCUCAAGUCCAUUAUGGGCUGACUUUUUGAAAUUUGAAUUUAUUACAAAUAAAAUUUAAAGGACUGACAAAACUCAAUUGCAAUACAUCUUGGUUUAUGAAAAAUAUGCCUCCUGUUAAGUCUCUGCUCUGUGAAUAUUCAGUCUCGACAAGUGACUGCGGUGUGUCUAAUAUCACUGGGUGCCAGUGGGGUUACGAUCAUGUUUUCCUCUCCCGUAUUCCCCCGGGUUUUUGUUAGCAAGGCAUCUUGGCUGUUGACAGCUAAUGGAAUUGCCCUUCAUUUUCUCGUGCGCACGAUCCCACGGAGAUAAGGCAGGAGAUGAAUGUGGAAUCUGUGCUGUCAGUUGUGAGGCGGAGUUGUGUUGGAAGCCGUCAUUCAUUUGCGCGAGAAGUGCCUGAAACGGUAGGAGCGAAUCCCUCUGACAUGUAAGACCCCCGUCUACCCUCCAGAGCCUCUGCCUGGCAGCUGACAAAUGUUGAUUCUACAUUAACCACAAUGCUGCAACGCUGUGCAAAUAAUGUUCUUUCAGAUGGCAACCCUCUUCCCCUUUAUGGCUAAAACUAUGCGAUCCUCUCCCCACCCGUGCAGUUUAACACCUUUUUGGAAAGUAAAGGUGGGGGUGAAAACUGUCUUACACAACACAGUAGUCUCUUUAUUUGGCAGCGCCUGGGAAGGCUGAGGCCUCUCGCUGCCCAAGUCGACCUAAGCGACAGCUGGUGUUCACAGCAACAUUUCCUAUUUCUGCCUAAGGUGGAUCGUGUAACUCUCACUUUAUCACCCUUAGAGGCCACGUGAAGGACAAAGCCAGUGCACCCAUAAACAAAACUAAUGUUUUGAUACAAGCCCCUUAGGUGGCAGAUAGAGGGAUCCGCGGUGCGUUUACUGCCCCGUUCCCACUUCCCCACCUCUUACCGAUACAAGAGUCGGGAUCUAAACCUUAGUGGUGCCUGCGGAAAGUGGGGAUGUGCAUCCCGGAUAACUAGUUGGAGGCAAAGUGGUGACUGAGCUCUUAUUUUCACAGUGGCCUGAAAACAGAAGGCGCUCGCUAUCUGAUGUGUAAUUAUACAACUGUGAUUAUUAUUAUGUGCAGCCGUCAAGUUUGUGUAAACACCAGAAGCACGAGUUUGAGUGUUUUUAAAGAAACUGCUCAUCAGAAUAAAACUCAUGAAUACGCCAUAUGAGUUUUCAUCUGCAAAGCGUAUCUGUCUCAUCCAUUUCAAUGGGGCAAUGUAAGCACAGCCACACAAAGAGCUUUAAUUAAUUAAUGCUCACCAACAACAGAAAUGAAUUAAGUUUGUCCAGCUUAAAGUGGAGACAAGUGACAACUUUAAGUUGAACAAAUUAUAGUAUUUUGAAAUUUUUAAGUUGGAAAGCAAUUUUCUUCUUUUCAGUGUGUGGCUUAAUUGUUGCUACUUGAAAAAAGUCAUGUAGAGCAGUGUUUUCUCCUUGUUUAUCUGUUUAUAUAUAGGUUUUCAUGAAUUGGUCUUCAGUAGAUUUAACCUUUAAACUGCAACAAAUGCUUGUUUGUAUUGAUUGUUUAAAUGUCGGACGAUUGUGAGAAACAUCAGGGAGUCAUUUCUAUAAAUCGCUCGUUCCAACAAACUCUCCAAAAGUCCAAAUAUAUUCUAUAAUGUGAUAUAAAACAGAAGCGACAAAUCCUCACACUUAAGAAGCUGGAACGAGCGCCUUUUGGGCGUUUUUGGCUUGAUAACCAACUUACUGCUAAAUCGGCUAUCAAAAUUGUUGUGAGUAAACUUUCCAUUGACGAAACACCACAGGGUCCAUUCAGUGGCUGUUCUGCAGCUUACAAUGGAAUCACAGCAGAUGGAGUUUCCCAUUCGUCACGAAAUGAAAUGUUCUUUAAAUAGAUUAUUCUGCUAAAGCUUUUUUCUUUUUUUUGCAGUAUUUAAUUUCUCAUAAAACAGACUAUAAAUAAUGAUUUUAAUUUUUUUAAUUUUUUUUUAUAAUAUUCUUCAGCCGUAUUUGUUUACCUGCAUUUUAUUGCAGUGCUGAUCGUUUUCCCUCACAUCUCUGUAACCGAAUUGGCAUUACUUUUGUCUAAACAUGUGUAAUAAAAGAGCAAACUGACGCCCCUCA